AUGAUUACGUCAAUUACUGAACUUAUUCAUCGAUUGCAAAAACAGACUCUCAACUCUCUACAAAACAGGAGUGCGAUGAGCUCACCCGCUGCCGCUUAUGCUUCUGGUGAAAAGGAAACGAGUGAAUAUGACGCAGGUAUUAAUAGCAAUACUUCAUCUGCGAUGGGGAAGGAACUUAAUAAAGCAAUAGAAAAAUCUAUGACCAAAAAGCAAAACAGAUCCCAGAUCAGCGAGGAAGAAGAAGAUAACAUCCAAACAUUAAUUCGAAUUGAAAUGACAUUGUAUGAAAAUGGAGGUAGGUAG